AUGAAUCGUUUAGUCAGCCGUUGUCUCAACAACAGCCGUAACGUCAAUCAAGCCGUCAGACAAUAUUCAACUCAAGUAUCUCAACAUGAUAUUGAUAAUGAACCAAGAUUUUUGGAAUGUUUCAAGACCUUUUUUGACAAGGCAGCUGGUUUGACCAACCUCAAGCCAGGUGUUAUCAACAAUAUGAAGGAAUGUAAUGUUGCACUCCGUGUUGAAUUCCCAAUCAAGAAUGAACAUGGUGACGUAGACAUUAUUGCUGGUUACCGUGCCCAACACUCUCAUCAUCGUCUUCCAUGCAAGGGAGGUAUCCGUUACUCUGAAGAGGUCGAUCUCCAAGAAGUCAUGGCUUUGGCCUCGUUGAUGACCUACAAGUGUGCCGUCGUCGACGUGCCAUUUGGUGGUGCCAAGGGUGGUGUCCGUAUCGACCCAAAGAAAUACACUGUUGCCCAACGUGAAAAGAUCACCCGUGCCUACACACUCCUUCUCUGCCAAAAGAACUUUAUCGGCCCAGGUGUCGAUGUGCCAGCCCCCGACAUGGGCACUGGUGAGCAAGAAAUGGCCUGGAUCCGUGACACUUACCAAGCCUUCAACACCAACGACGUCGACUCGAUGGCCUGCGUCACCGGCAAACCCAUCAGCUCGGGCGGUAUCCGUGGCCGUACCGAAGCCACCGGUCUCGGUGUCUUCUACGGUAUCCGUGAGUUCCUUUCCUACGAAGAGGUGCUCCAAAAGACCGGCCUCACUCCAGGCAUCAAGGGCAAGAAGAUCGUCAUCCAAGGUUUCGGUAACGUCGGUUACUGGGCCGCCAAGUUCUUUGAGCAAGCCGGCGCCAAGAUCAUCGCCGUCGCCGAGCACAACGGUGCCGUCUACAACCCCGAAGGUCUCAACGUCGACGCCUUGAACAAGUACAAGCUCCAACACGGCACCUUUAUCGACUUCCCAGGCGCCACCAACAUGCCCGAUGCCCACAAGGCCCUCGAAAUCGCCUGCGACAUUUUGAUCCCAGCCGCCCUCGAGAAGCAAAUCCACGUUGGCAACUGCCACAACAUCCAAGCCAAGAUUAUUGGUGAAGCCGCCAACGGCCCAAUGACCCCCAACGCCGACGAGUACCUCCUCAAGCGUGGUCACGUCAUCAUCCCAGAUCUCCUCCUCAACGCCGGUGGUGUCACUGUCUCUUAUUUCGAAUGGCUCAAGAACCUUUCCCACGUCCGUUUCGGUCGUCUCAACAAGAAAUGGGAAGAGUCGAGCAAGAAGAUGCUCCUCGACUUUGUCGAAUCCACCGUCAACAAAAAGUUGGGUGAUGCCGAACGUAACCUCAUCAUCCACGGUGCCGACGAAAUCGAUAUCGUCCGUUCCGGUCUCGAUGACACCAUGACCAACGCUUGCGCUGAAACCAGAAAGACCGCCAUCGAAAAGAACACUGAUUUCCGUACUGCCGCCCUCUACAACGCCAUCAUGAAGAUCAAGGCUGUCUAUGAAUCAUCUGGUAACCUCUUCUCUUAA